AGUUGCUUCUUCUCGUACUAUGAGCGGUUCCAAUACGGGAGAUCAAGAAGUCAGGAGAGCAUCUUCACAACCCGUCAUCUACAGCGAGAGAACACGCUCAGCCAACCGCAUCCCACUCCGGAGGCCGAGACGCUUUAGAGAGAGCUACGAGAGACUGACAGCGAAGAAGCAACCUGCUGGAGAAGUCUUGAGAGAGCAGUUGGAGAAACCGAAUGACUUGAAUGAUGAGGCCAAGAUCCCAGAACUUGGCAGCGAGAGCCAAAGCGCAGGAAUGGUCGGCGAAUCGACGAAGUCUCCGGAAGUGUCGUUUCACCAUAUUAAAUUCGUGGAUAUCUCAGGGAUGCCGCCUCGACCCAGGAGUACUUUGCCACUUGGAACGUUGGUCUCAGAGGAGGUGAUGAAGUCAGACAGUGAACAACCGGAUCCCAGCCGGCCAUCAUUUUUCGAGAGUCCCGUGAAUGCACCAGGGUGUUCGCUCGAGGGCAUAAAUUAUUUACUGGAGGGGUCCAUGUAUAACGUUGUUCCCGCAAUGGAGACCGAGCGAGAGGAAAUGUCCAUGGAUGGCGAAGACGAUGAACCAGUAGAGAAGAGAAGGAGAGGCCCUGGAGCACGCUGGACGAGAACACACGUUUUUAAGGACGAAAUCGAAGCCGAGGAGUGGCUUGGAGCUCUACAAGAGCAACAAACCUACGCUGUGCUAAGAACUAACGUGACACAGGCCGGGUCGAAGAGGUAUAUGUAUUGCAGUUCCUGUGGUCACCCAACUCCCAAGCGGCGGAGCGGGGGAUCUGAUGGGCCAGCGCAAGCUCCCGUGAUGAUUAUGCUACAUUUUUUGGCACACAGCUCAGCUGUCCAUGCCUAUUCCAACGGAGAGGCGCACUACCAUACAGAAAGGCAGCCUCCGGGAAUACAGCCCGCGCUGAAAGAACUGGUCGACCAGCAACUAGAUCAGGGAGUGUACAGCAUUCCAGUUAUAAUGAAAGCAUUGAGGGAUGUUACUGGAACGCGGAACGACGCCGACCUCCCAGGGUACCGUCAGGUGGAGGGUUAUGUUCGCAAUCGGAAAAUCGCCUUGCGGGGUGGAAGCGUGGUACCAACCAACGGGGACCUCAAGACUCUGGCUUGUCGUUACUCGGAAAUUCCGCUGGAUAGUGAAGAUGCCGGGGAUAUCCUACCUCAGUUGUUCGCUGAGAGAACGGCAAAAAAAGAAAAGUGCAGUCGUGGCAGCUUGAAUUAUGACGACGUCCAGAACGAGCAUCGUUUCCAUCCUCGAGCAGUGGGCAAGAAUAGAGCUCUUUAUCGCCACUGUCCUGUUCACGAUCCUCCCUUCGAGGUGUGGUGCGAGAGUGGAGAUAUUGUAAAGAAGCUCCUGGAGAGUGAUCGAGCAAGAUGCCGAAAUAAUGCAAGAACACUCAAGUGCUCUACGCAGCAUGAGCAAUCAUCAAGCGCUGAAAUUGAUUUGGAUAAGUGA